GAGCGGAGACGCGCAGACCAUCUCCAUCCUCCGCAGUCUCCUUCUCAUCCUGCUCGUCUGACUGACUGACUGACUGGCAGAUCAUCCCACUGGUCAAACUAACAAACUGAGAAACUGACUGACUGACAGCAUCGGCUGCUUUUCCAUCAACACGAGAGCAACAACAGCAUGUGAAUGGCGGCAGAAAGCGGCAGAGUUGUCACAGAGGAGCAGGAGGAGCUCCCAGCCUCAAAAACCGUCACUCAUGGGCAGCACACACACACCCGGAGUCAGAGCCACAUCCAGUUUCAGCCUCUGACCUACACCACCCAGUGGCAGGCUCCUCGCACCGUUGCUCACACGAGGAGUCACAGUCACACUCACUUCAGCACUCCCUCACACACACAGCCUCAUAAGUACGGCUGUCGUCUCACACACAGUCUCUCAGCCAUGGCCAAGGGAGAGAAGGUAGUGCAGAGCUCUGUAGGGAGACUCAUCAAACCCACUGAACCGCUGUUCCCCAAAACUCCUCAGCAGACCGACUUGAGCCAGAAGUUGCCAUUAUGCAGUAAGUUGUGUUUCGCCAUUGGCGGUGCACCCAAGGAGGUGGCUGCCAGCGCCACAGCCUUCUUCCUGCAAAUCUACCUGCUCGAUGUUGCCCAGAUCACUGCCUUCCAGGCCUCCAUGGUGCUGUUCAUUGGUAAAGCCUGGGGCGCAGUUACCGACCCGAUCGUUGGUUUCUUCAUUACAAAGAGCAGAUGGACAAAGAUUGGCAGACUCAUGCCCUGGAUGGUGGGCUGCACUCCGUUCCUGGUGGUCUCCUACUUCUACCUCUGGUUCGUUCCUCCUUUCAUCAGCGGCAGGUUCAUCUGGUACCUCGGUUUCUACUGCCUCUACCAAACGCUCAUCACUUGCUUCCAUGUGCCUUACUCAGCCCUCACCAUGUUCCUGAGUACAGACCAGAAGGAAAGAGACUCAGCCACUGCUUACCGAAUGACAAUGGAGGUGCUGGGCACACUUGUGGGAGCUGCCAUCCAGGGCCAGAUCGUGGCCAGCGCCCACACUCUGAAGCACUGCCCGACUCACAACAUGUCCGCCGGUUACCUUGGCAACAGCAGUGGGGCAGAGAUCGUCAAGAGCCUGGUGCGCUCCCAGGACUACCUGUCACACUCUAAGGAGGUGUACAUGAUAGCUGCUGGUGUUAUUGGAGGAGUGUUUCUUAUCUGCACACUGGUGAUGUUCCUGGGAGUCAAAGAGAGAGAUGAUCCUUAUGCCCCGAGGACAGAGAAGCAGAUCCCGUUCCAUAAAGGCUUCAUCCUGGUGAUGAGGCAUGGGCCAUACCUCACUCUAACCGCCGCGUUCCUCUUCAUCACUGUCGCCAUUCAGCUGGUACAGAGCAACUUUGUCCUCUUCUGCACUUACGCUGCCGACCUGAGGGAUCACUUCCAGAAUAUUGUGCUGACCAUCCUGGUUUCUGCAGUGAUAAGCAUCCCACUGUGGCAAUGGUUUCUGCAGAGGUUUGGGAAAAAGACGGCAGCUUUUUGUGGUAUCACAUGGAUCAUGCCUUUCACUUUGAUGCUGGUGUUCAUCCCGAACGUGGUGGUGGCCUACGUCGUGGCUGUCUCCUCUGGACUCAGUGUGGCUGCCUCGCUCCUGCUGCCGUGGUCUAUGCUGCCAGAUGUAGUGGAUGACUUCAGACUGGCCAACCCCUACUCUAAAGGCCAUGAAGCCAUUUUCUACUCAUUCUACGUCUUCUUCACCAAGUUUGCUGCUGGCAUCUCCCUGGGAGUGUCCACCCUCUGCCUGGAGUUUGCAGGGUAUGACACCGGCGCCUGCAAGCAGCCUGCUCCUGUAGUGUACACCCUGAAGUUGCUGAUUGGUGCCGCUCCAGUGGCCUUCAUUGUUACAGGGUUAAUGAUCCUGGUCCUCUAUCCCAUCAGUGAAGACGUACGGCUCAGGAAUAAACUCUGCCUGGAGGAGCUACGGAAACAAAGCAUCAGCUCCAGGACCAUGGAAGAUUUGAAUAAUGUGUGACUUGGAUCUUGAAUGAAGUGAAUUUUAAAAAAGCCACGUAUUCCAGUACCACAGCUGGAAGUUUGUUCUUUAGUGUAUAUUACACUGAUAAAUAGUUAAAUUGUUUUACUGUAAACAUUCUUUGUUUCAUUUUCACAUGUACUGUAUAGUCAUCUUGGAUAUAUAAAUAUAUAAGAAGAUUACCUAAUUUAUAUAAAUGAAUGUAUAUUAUUAUUAUUUGCUGUGCUUAGCUCUACAACACUGUUAUUUAUUUACGAUAUAUAAUUACAAAGGAUUGACAUAUGGAAUGAAUAAAUGUUGUAGAGGUUGGUUGCUAGACCACCAA